AUGACUGUCGGCGCGGUCUUGCCUUGGGAAGGAUGGUUGAGCUCCAGUCAAGUUACGCGUGCUGCUAAGGUUUCUUCAGCGAGCGCGACCCGCUCUGUGAUUGGCGGCGCAUUCCGCUGCAAGCCACCGGGUGCCCCACCGCCAAAAGCUCUGGGCUCAGAGGGCUGGGACGGGGGGAGGGAGGAAAGGCUGAAUGGAGUCCUCGAACUGCAUCGCAAACUCUCCCCUCCGAUCGACUGUUCGGCCCCGUCGACAAGCAAACACCAAUCUCGCCCAGUCGAGUCGAAACACACGGCACCCGCCGUCCUCAAGCCUGAUCUUGCCAGCAGUCCGCCCCUCCGCGGCUUCAUCUUCAACAUGGCGCGAAACAGCGAGAAGGCGCAGUCCAUGCUCUUCCGCUUCCGCGAGGCGCAAGCGGCCGACCUGGGCAUCAUCGACGCCGGGCGCUCGCGGCGGCCCAAGAUCAUCACCGAGGUCGAGUCGAUACCCGUGUGCGAGAAGUGGCGGGGCCAGACGCUCAAGGAGAUCAGCCGCAAGGUGUCGCGCAUCCAGGAGCCCGCCCUCAGCGACUACCAGAUCCGCGACCUCAACGACGAGAUCAACAAGCUCAUGCGCGAGAAGCACAUGUGGGAGGUGCAGAUCCGGAACCUGGGCGGGCCCAACUACAUGCGCGGCGGCGGCAAGGUCUACGACGAGAGCGGCAAGGAGAUCCCCGGCGGCGGCAAGGGCUACAAGUACUUUGGCCGCGCGCGCGAGCUGCCCGGCGUCAAGGAGCUGUUCGAGGCCGCCAAGCAGAAGGACAAGCCCGAGAAGCCGCUCGAGAGCCGCGACGACCUGCGCAAGGCCGUCGACGCAAAGUACUACGGCUACGCCCCCGACGAGGAGGACGAGUUCCUGCUGGAGUACGAGAGGGAGAAGGAGAAGGAGGCCCUCGAGGCCCUGAUGCGGCAGGGCGGAAAGGGCGACACCCCCAAGGGCUGGGAACCUCUGCCGGGGGACAGCGGCGAUGGGAAAGGGUGGGACUUGCCUUCGCUGGAGGAGGUCCAAGAGGAGCUCAUGGACAGGCGGCGCAAGAGGAAUCGCGGAGGGAAACACAUCAGACGGAACCAAAAGAACAACAAAAACGAGGAAGAAGACGAAGACAUGACGCACCGCGCCGACGAGCGCGCCUUCCUCGACGAGCGCGGGUCCUCGCGCGUGGCCCUGUGCCCCAACGGGCAGAACCCGGCGACGCUGCUGGAGAAGCCCGUCAUCGAGCGCAUCAUCGACAGCUACUUCUACAAGGACCAGUGCUUCGGGGUCAACGAGGCCGACGUGGUGGACCGCGUGGUGGCGCACGUGUCGUUCGUGGGCGGGACGUACGGGUCCGCGGGGAGCAAGCCGACGCCGUUCCUGUGCCUGCUGUUCAAGCUGCUGCAGCUGGCGCCGGGGGACGACGUGCUGGCCGAGUACCUGGGGUACGGCGGGGAGAGGUUCAAGUACCUGCGCGCCCUCGCCUGCUUCUACGUCCGCCUCACGCGCCGCUCCGAGGACGUCUACCGCGUGCUCGAGCCCUUCCUCGAGGACCGCCGCAAGCUGCGCCGCAAGGGCAUGGCGGGCACCGCCCUCACCUACGUCGACGACUUUGUCGACGACCUGCUGACCAAGGACCGCGUCUGCGGCACCAGCCUGUGGCAGCUGACCAAGCGCGAGCUGCUCGAGGACCUGGACAAGCUGGAGCCCCGCGUCAGCCCGCUGGGGGACAUUGAGGACCUCCUCGAGGAGAUGGAGGCCGAGGAGAAUAACGAAGCCGUCAAUGGAGGUGGUGAGGAGGAAGGCAGCGAUGAUGGGGAAGUGGUGGAGGAGACUGGGAGCCGGCGGAGGUCGAGGAGCCGGGAGAGCGAGCGCUCGAGGAGGCGCUCGUACAGCCGCGACAGGGACGACCAGAUGGAUGUUGAUGAUAGGGACGACGACCACAGGAGUCGUCGCAGGUCGCGUACAAGUUCACGGUCACGGUCUAGGUCGCGAAGCGGUUCGUCAGACCGGCGGGGCGGUUCCCGUUGA